UUAUUUCUUCCCAAUCUAUUGUUUGUUCGAUUCCUCUGUAAAGUGGUUAUGAAAUUGGAAUUGAGUAUUUCAGUAUCUGUUAGAGCGCAUCUUAUCAUCAGAGAAAUGUUUAAUACAAUAAAUCAUUAUGGCACGUGAUUGGCUUUGACUUGGAAAUAUAUGGCCGCGGAUCUAGGAUUCUAUGAGUCCAGCAGGAAUAAGUCUUUUUCUAUAAAUGUGAGAUAUAUUUUGUGGAAUUUAAUUUACAUCUACAGCUGGUACAUGUAGUUGAUUUACCGAUCCCUCAAGUACAAGUUAUCUGACAGAACCUAUUAAGAAAGACAUUGGUAAUGCAAAAUUAGUCAAAUAGAUCCACAAAGGUGUUUCAUCAUGCUUAGGAAACGUCUGAUCGUCUAUUUUUACGAUAGUCUAUCAGGGAAAUAACCUAUUCAUCAGAAAGACAUAAAAAUGGAUUUAGCUAUUGAUGAUAUUCUAUCUGAGAUACACUUUAUGUACAUUACGUCUGGAGUUGUAAUGCCUGUCUUUAUCGGACUCGGAUUGAUCGGGAAUAUUGUUAUUUUAAUUGUAUUAUGUGGGAAAUCAUUGCGUAGUUCACCAGUUUGUCUUCUUCAAGCUUUGGCCAUACAUGAUAUUUUAAAUAUGUUGUAUGCAAUUUAUUCGGAUGUCUAUCCAGCUAUUAAAAGUUACAAUAAAGCCAAUAAUUUUGUACAGAACUUACAAAUUAGAAGGAAAACUCAAGAUGACGUUUUGUCAUCUUUGGGAGGACUUAAUUUUACGUCUUUACAAGUUUUUGCAAUAUUAUGAGUCGCAGAUGAAUCGAUCGUUGAUCCAAAACUCCAUCAAAACAAAUUCGAUAAAUGAUUUGACAAAUUAUGAUUCUAGGAUAACAACUUCUAAGAAUAUACUAUCGUCCACCAUAAAGAAUCCAUUUCCUUCAAUUACAAAUGACGAUCGUAAACAAUUCAUUAUUCGAAGCAUAGAGCGUUUUAUUGGUUAUAAUAUAAUUUACAUCGGGCUUUUAUUUGCAUUCUGUUUGACAUCUGAGAGAUGUAUUGCAGUGAUAUUUCCAAUGAAAGCUGGAAAUUGCUUAACAAUAAGGCGUACUCGAAUAGUAAUCAUAUUAGCCGUGUGUAUGAGUAUAUUGGUUCACGGACCGCAGUUAAUUAAAGAAAUAUUUCUAUUGUACGAGAAUCCAACAGAAUUAUUCCAGUCUGGGAAUGGUUUAAUUCUUUCUUAUCGCUCAACCUACGAGAGAUUUUACGUUAUUUCAAGUUUGUUUAUAUGUGUCUUUAUGUUGAUUUUGAACUUUUUGUUGCUGUGGAAAAUAAGGUCAUACAGAAAGUCUUUAAGAAUGACAAAACAUACAAAAAAGGUAGAACGAAACGAAGUGAAUGUAUCUUUGCUUAUUGUUGUUUUGAUAUUUUUCCAAUUACCACAUAACGUGUUUGUGAUAAUUAUAUCUUUUAUUACGAGGGAGGUAUAUUUAGAAGAUUUCACAACAAUUACCCGAACGUCCGUCAUAAUUCGGUUGUUGUAUAUAAUCCAGUCAGCAUUUAACUUUGUCAUAUACUGUUUAUUUGCCAAAAGAUUCCGAGAAAUCAUGCAUAUUCAUUGUAUAAAGAUGUCAAAGAAAUUCUGCAGAAAGAACUGCGGAGACAAAGAAGUUUCGUGUGAACCAAAAAAUGUGAAAUCAAUUGCAAAUUUCUUAAAUAUAGAAAUAGAAAUAGGCAAAAAAACUGACAAGUCUACUUCGCUUUGAUAUAAGUAUAACUUCAGUUUUUGAAAGUACGAAUUUUUGGUUCUGUGGAUUCAUUUUCAUUCGUGGUUUACUAAUUUUCGUAGUUUUCGUUCAUACAGGUGAACUACGAAUUUAAAUGUUUACAAAAAAAAAUCCUCAAUCCACGAAAAUUAAUACCCGUGAAAAUUAUUGAAUCCAAGGCAUAGUUAUGUCAUGGAAUUAUCCUUAUAUUUUUUGUAUUGAUUUUUGCUC